ACCCGUCGUGCAGUCAGUGUAGUGCAGACAGGCUGCAGGACCUCUGUAACCCGCGGAAAUGUUGAAAAGAGACAAACUAAAAGCUUUGGUCAGUGAGCGACUGUCAGCCGCCGCCGAGGAGAUAUUCAGCAUCUUUGAACAAACUAUUAAAGACUACGAGGAGAUAGUUUUCCGUUCAAAACAGGAGCUCGGCCAACACCGGAGGCUGCAGGGGUGGAAAGCGCCCCUGCAGCUCUCUGUCCGAGAAGACGACGCUCCCUCUGAGCAGGAUCACUGUGAGAAGAAGACUGACCUGUGUGAAGAUGACCCGGAGGCCCUGCAGAUUAAAAAAGAACAGGAAGAGGAACCGUCGACUUCUCAGACAGGUGAAAAUCAGGACGAGGCUGAUACCAAAGUCUCCCCGUUCAAUAUAAUUUAUGUACAAAGAAGUGAAGACGAUGGAGGACAGCUCACACAACAGAACCAGGAAGAUGAAAACAGAGGAGACCGUCUGUACAGCAGCUCAUCUGAACAGCUGAAAUCAGAUCCUGAUAAAGAAGGCUGUGGUGCAUCAGAGCCAACCAGUGACUGUGAGAUGAGUGAAGUCAGUGAUGAUGAAUGUAGAGACAGUGGAGGAUUUUACUCAGGCAUAAACAGGAAGGAUCCACAGCAGACUGGAGAGAAAGCAGACAGACCGUACACCUGCAGCGUUUGCAACAAGAAUUUCCGGAUUAAAUCCAUCCUGACUCGCCACAUGAAGACGCACACAGGAGAGAAACCUUACAGUUGCGGUGUUUGCGGAAAAAGUUUCAUUCAGCGCUCUUAUCUGCAGACUCACAUGAACUCCCACUCCGGACAGAAACCGUACACGUGUAGCUUCUGCGGCAGAGGGUUCACGCAAGUUGGAAACAUGAACGCGCACAUACGAAUCCACACGGGGGAGAAACCUCACAGCUGUACCGACUGUGGUAAAAGCUUUAGAGAGAAAGCAGAUCUUAUCAAGCACACAAUAAUUCACACUGGUGAAAAACCCUACAUUUGCUCUGUAUGCAAUAUGAAAUUCAGCGCUCAGUCUAAUCUCAAGCGCCAUAUGAAGACUCAUUCAGGGGAGAGGCCUUAUAGCUGCACUGCUUGUGGGAAAAGAUUCAUUCGUCGUUCCCAUUUAAUCAUUCACAUGAAGACUCACACAGGAGAGAAUCUCUAGAUUUGAGACACAUAAGAGGAGUAAAACGUAUGACAUAAAAACUUUUUCACUUUCAGAAAUUAACCAGACUUUGUAUAAAUAAUUUUCUCUAUGAACUGUUGCUAUAUAGUUUUGUAUUGUUGAAUAAAGCACUCAACAAGUUGUAGUAUUGUGUGUUUGUCCUAGCGGCGAUAGUUUGUAGCAUCAUUACAUUUUAUUUAUUUUUAAAUAGAACCAUCAUCAGUUUGUCAGUGAUGUUUUUAAGUAUGUUUUUUAUUCUUACUGUCACCAAAUCACAUGAAUGAAAAGAGCAACAUAAUGUAAUAGUCUCUCAAUACUUACAAUACAACUUCUCCUACCAUGCUUCCCUAGAUUUAUCACUAGCUGUAAAGCACUAAUCACUGUGAGCUUUAUUCUUGGGUAGGAUGGCCUGGCUUAGCAACCCACAGGUGCACACACAGGUAUAUUUUCAUAUACAUCAGGGACAUUUCUAUGUCUACAGUUUUAAGUCUUAGACUGGAAUGUAUUAAAGAAAGUUACAAAACUCCAUGAUCUGAUUUUAUGUGUGGUAAAACCAUUUUGAAAGACAGAAUCAGUAGGGUGUCACUGCUUAAACUGAUACUGUUAAAGUCAUGGAUUGUACCAGGCUAACUUUUUUGGGAUGGUAUGUGUUGAUAUAUUGUCUGUUUUGUUUUGUAACUGUUUUAAUGUAGUCAUCCUUAGGUUGUGCUGCUGCUGCUGAAAUGUUUAAUCUCAAGGGGACCUUUUCCUGGUUAAAUAAAAUAAUAAU